AUAACAGAGUUUCGGGGGAAAAUUCAAGCUUUGAUCCAAUCUACUUCCAGCUAACCAAUGGCCUCCAUGUACGUUGGGGACCUUCACCCAGACGUUACUGAAGCUAUAUUAUUUAAAAAGUUCUCUACGGCUGGUCCUGUCCUUAGCAUUCGUGUUUGCAGAGACAUGAUCACGAGGCGAUCCCUGGGGUAUGCCUACGUCAACUUUCAACAGCCUGCUGAUGCUGAGAGAGCUUUAGAUAUUAUAAGCUUUGACACCAUCAAGGGACGGCCCAUCAGGAUCUUGUGGUCCCAGCGUGAUCCAUCCCUCAGAAAGUCUGGUGUUAGCAAACUUUUCAUUAAGAAUCUGGACAGAAGUAUCGACAACAAAGCUCUUUAUGAUGCAUUUUCUGCCUUUGGCAAUUUACUCUCUUGUAAGAUUAUGUGUGACGAAUAUGGGUCCAGAGGGUAUGGGUUUGUACAUUUUGAAACUGAAGAAGCUGCCAGAAGUGCCAUUAAGAAGGUGAAUGGCAUGUUGCUGAAUGGAAAAAAAGUAUUUGUAGGCAGAUUUUUGAGCAGACGGGAAAGGUCUAGUAAUAAGAAGCGAAAAUUCAGCAACAUUUAUGUGAAAAACUUCAGUAAAGAAAUGGAUGAUGCAAAACUGAGGGAAAUGUUUGAACCUUAUGGCAAGAUCAUCAGUGCCAAAGUGAUGACAGAUAUUUCCUCUGGAAAAGGUAGAGGAUUUGGAUUUGUUAGCUUUGAAGAUGCAGAGGCUGCUGAGAAAGCUGUUGAUGCAGUUAAUGGAAAAGGGUUUGGUGGAAAUCUGUUUUAUAAAGGACGUGUUCAAAAUAAAAACGAACGUCAGGCUGAGCUCGAAGCAAAGUUUGAACGAAUUAGAAGGGAAAGAAUAAAUAGGUACCAGGGAGUCAACUUGUAUGUCAAGAACCUAGAUGACAAUAUUGACGAUAAAAGAUUACGAAAAGAAUUUGCUCAGUUUGGUACCAUAACCAGUGCCAAGGUAAUGACAGAGGCAGGCAAAUCCAAAGGCUUUGGAUUUGUAUGCUUCAGUUCCCCCGAUGAAGCUACUAAUGCUAUGAAUAAAAUGCAUGGACGAAUUAUUGUGGCAAGACCCUUGUAUGUUGCUUUAGCUCAGAGGAAGGAGGACCGUAAGGCUUACCUUGCCUCCAAGUACAUGCAGCGUAUUACAAGAAUGCGAGUACAGGGACAACAAAUAGGACAGGUAAGCCAGAUGUUCCAACCAGGUGGUGCUGGAUACUUCGUCCCAACAAUGCCUCAAGCUCAGAGAUUCUACGCUCCUAAUAACAUGCCAACCAUGAGAACUAAUCCAAGAUGGCAGACAACAACUGUAAGACCAACCGGUCAGACUGCAAAUAGACGAAGGUCAACAAGUAAGACCAUUUUACGUAGUGGAGUGAGCGUUCUUCCAAUCUUUCACCAGUCAGCAAAACCCAACACCCAGCAGCGCAUGCCUGUCAGUCAGCAGGUGCCUGGACACACCCGGGGAGGACAACCCAGUGUGCCAGCAGCCGCAAACCGCCAGGCAGGCUACAAGGGAUACAUUGCUGGUCAUAUGAUGAAGCAGCAUCAAGGACAAAAUCCAGGAAUGCCGCAGGGACAGGAGACAUUGACUGCCACUAUGUUGUCUGCAUUUCCACCACAGGAGCAGAAACAGAUGUUAGGAGAACGCUUAUUUCCUCUCAUCUCCGGUAUGUUCCCAGACAUGGCGGGAAAGAUCACUGACAUGUUGCUGGAAAUCGACAACUCUGAGAUAAUGCACAUGCUGAAAUUUCAAGAGUCGCUAAAGGCUAAGGUUGUGGAAGCUUUUGAUUUGUUACAAGCCCACCGAGCAAAGGAGGAAAAUGAUGACUCAGAGGGGAAACAUUUAUUAAUAACUUGAGAUGCUCUUAGUUACCAUUAACCUGGACGAAUUUUGCUAGU